AGGAGGCAAUAUUGAAUGGAGCCAGCCAAAUGCGACCUCCGGGCUCUGGUCGCGGUAGUUGGCCUCUGCGUGGUGCUGUUGGCGAGUCGCCAUCACGUUCGGCCUGAGCGCUCCAGAUCGCCUUUGCUUGGUUUAAUUAAAUUGAUCUUCGAUCAUCGCUGGAUUUUCCCCUCUACCCAGUCGGUGCGCACUGGCUAUGUUUCAUCGAGGCAGAAAGCCCCCAUCCCCACUGUUCGUCAAUCUUCGCCGAUCAUAUACUGCCCUGCAGGUUGGCAAUCGUGGAACAGGGUCGGUCAAUGGACCCAGACGAAGAUCCCGAGGCGCGCGACGACUGACAAUAAUAUUAAUGAUUAUUACGAUUCAGGUUCGCUCCCCAGGAUCGUCAUUGAAGUCUAACUGGCCAGGGAGCUUCGACCUCCAGGCUAGUUUCAGGCGACACUACAAACGUACAAAGUAGGUAUUCUGACGUCGAAGCAUUCCUUUGUCUCCGGCAGCCCGCUGGGUCUGUUUCGGGCGAAUUCUGAAUGGCUCGGAUGUCUUCCUGGAACCGCAUUCCUCAGCAACUGGAGCGAUAAAAAUAAAUGAUCUGGUGGUCAGGAUAUCAAGAAAUGCAGGUCCGAUAUCAGCGAAACAGCGAGAGCACCGGCCCACUUGCAGAGGGCAGGAAAAAGGAAAAUGGAGAGCAAAAGAACAAAAAUAUUGGCGAUAAAUUAGCCAGGAGAAUUAAAAUCAAG